AACAGCUUGAGAACAAGGUUCUGUUUGCGCAUGUGCAGCAGCGGCAGGACCUUAUCAUAUCCUGUCUGUCAGAACGGUGGCAAGGACAGUUCAAGUUUGGAGCUUCCUUCUCUACUAACCGUGCUGUCUGGGGGAAUCUAGACUCCCUGCUAUGGAGGCAGUAGGUAAGUAUGACUUUACUGCCACUGCUGACGACGAGCUGAGCUUCAGGAAGGGAGACAACAUAAAGAUCUUGGGCCCCGAUGAUGACUGGUUGAAGGCUGAGCUACAUGGAAAGGAGGGAUUCAUACCACGGAACUACAUCAACAUACACCUGCCCAGUUGGUACCAGGAGAGUGCUAGUCGAGGUGAGGCCCAGGAGUCUCUCAUGGCCCAGCCUAUAGGAUCCUUUCUGAUCAGGGGCAGCGAGAGCUCCCCAGGAGAUUUCUCCAUAUCCGUUAGACACGAGGCAGACGUGCAGCACUUCAAGGUGAUGAGAGACAGCAGAGGGCAGUAUUACCUCUGGGCUGAGAAGUUCAGCUCCCUCAACGAGUUGGUGGACUAUUACAAGAACAACUCUGUCUCUAAACACAGCCGCGUCUAUCUGCUGGACACAGUAACACAGGAGAGGGGAUUCAGCCAGACCAGGCCAUCAGUCCCAUCCUCUCAGCCCCAGUUUCACCAGCCCCAGCCCCGCGCACCCCAGCCUCACCAACCCCUGCCCCGCACACACCAGCCUCACCAACCCCUGCCACGCGCACCCCAGCCUCACCAACCCCUGCCCCGCGCUCCCCAGCCUCACCAACCCCUGCCCCGCGCACCCCAGCCUCACCAACCCCUGCCCCGCACACCUGACCCUAUACCCCCACCACAGCGUGCGGCCGUGACCACGGGGGGCGGUGGUCUGAUGCAGGUGAGAGCUCAGUAUGACUUCAACGCCGAGGAGAAGGACGAGCUGAGCUUGAAGGCCGGUGACAUCAUCGAGGUGCUAGAGUGUUCCGACAUGUCAUGGUGGAAAGGAAGACUGAGGGGACGAACGGGACUGUUCCCUUCCAACUACACCAACCCUGUAUGAGAGAAAAUGGUUUCAAUUAGCAUUUAGAGCAAAAUAAUUAUCUUCAUUCACAUUUUAGCAGACGCUCUUAUCUAGAACGACUUACAGGAGCAAUUAGGGUUAAGUGCCUUGCUCAAGGGCAUAU